AUGGCGUGGACUCCUUGCUCUGCUACCUGCCCGAAAGCACUUCCAACCAGCUCUAGACAUCAUGUGGUAUGGCAAAACGUUUCAGUGCUAGAAAAUCAUCACUGGCGAUCUACGAUAGGCAUGCUUCGAGAGUCACGGCUCCUCGCCCAUCUGCCCAAGGAGGUGACACAGGACAUCGAGCAGCAGUUGGGCUCCCUGAUCUUGGCAACAGACAUCAACAGGCAGAACGAGUUUUUGAUCCGUCUGAAAUCUCACCUUGACAAUCAGGAUUUGAGGCUGGAGGAUGCACAAGACAGACAUUUUAUGCUUCAGAUCGCACUCAAGUGCGCUGACAUCUGCAACCCUUGCCGGCUCUGGGAUCUGAGCAAACAGUGGAGCGAACGGGUCUGCGAAGAGUUUUACCGGCAAGGUGACCUGGAACAAAAAUUUGAACUGGAAAUAAGCCCCCUUUGUAAUCAGCAGAAGGAUACAAUACCAAGCAUACAGAUCGGGUUCAUGACAUACAUCGUAGAGCCACUCUUUGAGAGGUGGGCCCAAUUUACGGGCGAUACCCCCCUAUCUGAAAAUAUGCUAAACCAUCUCAGGAGGAACAAGGCCAAGUGGAGGAGUUUGCUCCACAAGCAACACAGCAGUAGUAGGAGCAGUGACCACUCAGGUCAAGUGACUGGCAGCCAAGAACAGACUUUAAAUAAAGAGACUCCUUAGUGGCAGCUUUGCACUUUUCCUUCUGGCACUGCGAUCUCCGUCUUGAUCACAGCAGCAAACAAAAUCCUGGGGAGCUAGGAGCCUGUUGUCAAGACCGUGGAAAGGGAAGAAACGGCAAAGCAGAAGCUGUAAGGGCCCUCACGAACAAGCCCGCGGUUCUGCUGGGUUCCUUUCUGGAUCUCCUUCACGUUCCUCUCCCCUCUCUUCAUUCUGGUCAUGCCUGAUGCCAUUCAUCACUUCUGAUCAUGAACUGCCUGAAUGCGGAGUCCCAGUCAGCGGUACUGAAGCCGGGCUGGUUACAGCGGCCGUGGAGCAGGGAGGAUCACUGAGAGAACGGGGGAGAUAGGGGCACUCUUGGUUAUAUAUUCAUGUACCACGAGUCAUACUGUGACAUAUGUAUAUAGGCCCAGAGCGCCAUAUGCUUUCCAGGGUGGCAGCUGGGCUGCGCAUUAAACCACCAGCAUCUUCAGCAUCCAGAGGACACUGGCUGAGUGAGACAACACUCGCAGAGGGCAGAGAGAGUCUGGUUAUUUUAGUAAUU